AUGCUUCCAGACCUCAACUCAGCCCUGGAGAGCUGCGAGAACGAGCUACUCAAGACAUACUACGUCAGCCAGGAGGCGCGGAGCAGCGCAAGCUCACCACGAACCAUCGGCAAACUUGCAGGCAGCCCAAAGGCGCUGGAAGACGUGGACGCGGCCCGCCCUGCCAAGUGGCAAGGGUUCAAGGAGCCGCUGCGGCUCAUGUUGCAAAUCUUCCAGGGGCUCAGCGAGAAGAAUGAAGACUUUUGGUUCCGCGCGACGCCCUACUUCGCCAAGCUCGAGUACGCGGCGGGGACUGGUAUCCUCCGUGCGGAGUACGACCUGCCGCAAGGAUGGCUCUGCGAGAGUAUCGUAGCGGGAACGACGUGCGGAGACCUGCCCUUCUUUUCGGAAACGAGGCGGACGGCGACGGUCACGGUGGAGCGGGCUAGCACUCUGUGGAUGAUGGACGCCGAGAAGUGGGCCAAAAUCCAGCGCGAGGAGCCCGAGGUGGCGUGGGAGCUUCAGAGAAUGGCGCUGAAGCUCACGAGUCAGCACAUGACUCUCGUGACGUCGUACAUCCUGACGAUGGCGGGCUGA